AUGACUGAGAAAACAACAAUUUCCGAGGAUGAACAUGAUCAGCGACAGGCUGCAGCUGCGCGCAGUAAAUCUUCCGAAACACUAAAUGAUGACGCCUCCCAUCAGAAUCUCAACGGCGGCUUGCAGGCUUGGCUAGGUGUUCUUGCUGGAUUUUGUGUUUUUGUGAACUCUUGGGGAGUGCUCACUACAUAUGGCGCUUUCCAAGAAUACUACGAGACUGAGCUACUCUCGGACCUUUCGCCAUCGGCGAUCUCUUGGGUUGGUAGUAUUCAAGCGACUUUGAUUCCUAUGGUUGGAGUCGUUUCCGGCCCAUUAGUUGACUCGGGUUAUCUGCGCCCGCUCAUCAUUUCCGGAUCCUUUUUGACGGUUUUUGGAUUAAUGAUGACCAGCCUUGCCACGGAGUACUACCAAGUACUUCUUGCCCAAGGCUUCUGCAUCGGCAUGGGCGGUGGAAUCUCCUACAUCCCAGCCCUAGCCGUGAUAUCGACAAGUUUCACAACGAAACGCCCAAUUGCCAUAGGCAUAGCGUCAAUCGGAUCGAGUGUCGGGGCCGUCAUUUUCCCAGUCAUGUUUCGCCAACUUCAGCCCAAAAUCGGGUUUCCCUGGGCAGUUCGCUGUAUCGGGUUCGUCAGUCUGCUCAUGGCGAUCCUCGCAUGCAUUAUAUUAUGUUGUCGGCCAGUUCCCAAGAUGCGCGCACGAAGCCUAGUUGACUGGAAAGCCUUUCGUGAACCGUCAUUUAUGCUCUUCUCAGUCUCACUCACAUGCGUUAUGCUUGCAUACUAUGUACCCAUUUUCUAUGUCGCCUCGUAUGCGCGGACGGUGGUGCAUACAACAACGAGCCUUGGGUUCUACAUGGUAGCCAUUGUCAACGGCUCUUCUGUUUUCGGUCGCGUCGUGCCUUAUUUACUUGUCGCCUACGUCAAACCAAUCGCUAUCCUCAUGUUUUGCGUGACGGCUUCGGCGAUCGCCAUGUUUACCUGGAUAGCUGCGACGGACACGCCAGGCUUCAUUGUCUGGGCUUGCUACUGGGGUAUCCUGAGUGGAGUUCUUGUUACAGCGCCGACCUCCAUUGUCGCACAUCCUGUCUUGUCUCCAAAUUCGAACUAUAUGGGUACCCGGUUAGGCAUGAUGUGGGGUAUCUCGUCAUUCGGUGCUCUUGCAGGCUCUCCCAUUGCGGGGGCACUGGUAAAUCUAGAUACGGCACAGUUUCUACGAGCUCAGGUGUUUGCUGGUUGCGUGAUGGUAGGAGCGGUGCUUUUACAGUUGUGGCCUGGAUAUAAGGUGUUCCGCUAUGAUCGCAAUCAUGCCUAG